AUGGCACAAUUCAUGAAGCUACUCGUGACAAUUGCGUUGACAUUCGCAAUCACAACUGCCAUCAUCACCACAACAACUACCACAACCAACACCACAACCAAAACAGUUGCUCUCGAAGACCCUCUCAAGGGCCUUACACCCCCAGGAGCUAUUAAGAUCAGACGGAGUCGUUUCUUGGCCGAAAAAACUGGUCAGGGUCAAAGAGCUAAAGCCCGUAACCUGCAGGAAGCUGCCUCUUGCAAGCCAGAGAUCUGCCGUAGCACUGAAGCAAACUCCACAAUGGCUUGUUGCUCCAAAAAGUGUGUGAAUUUAUCAACAGACAGAAACAACUGUGGUGUGUGUAAGAGAAAAUGCAGGUCCUGGGAAAAAUGUUGUGGCGGUUGGUGCGAGAGUAUGAUUUACAAUGAUCGCCAUUGCGGUGCGUGUAACCAUCGUUGCAAACCAGGCCAUAAAUGCGCCUUGGCCCUUUGUAACUACGCGUGAUGAUUCAGACAUUCAUUCACGUCAGCGCAACGUUUCAUACCAGGGGUAUACAAAAACAUCAUUUUCUACUUUGUUGUCUACGAAUAAAAUGGAACAUCCUAGUUUCCAGUACCACUUCUGUUUUUUCAUAAAUUUGUUAAGUAAGUGUUUGUUAUGUACAAUCCAAAUAAUAUCAUGAAUAAUGUUUUUA